AUGAGCGACUCUGGAAUCUCCUCAACGUCCGAAGAAGGCAACCGUCUUAACAGCCUCCUGAGCCUAUGCCCGCGUUAUGUUGUCGUUCCUCCUAAUCCCCCGGAUGGAAUCGCCUUUGCCCUGGCGGGGAAUUCUCAAGAAUGGGACCACCUCACCGAAUUGCACUCGGGCAUCUCAAACUGCAAACCCGGUGUCUGGAAGGCGGAGAUGAAAAUGAUUGAGGGGGCAGAAUUUGGAAACUGUGACACGGAGGCGUGUCUUCGGUGGGUUGCAGACUUGGACGAGGAGACUGAGCUCGAUUUCGGCAUCUCUCUGAACGAGUGGCAGGCCUGGGAGCAGAUGUUCAAAGACAGGUUCGAUGAUUCAGCCGCUGGAUGGGACGAGGGCUUGGCAUGGAAGCACGCUGGAACCUACUAUGACGAUGGCGGGCUGUUCAACGUCAUUUCCAUGGCAUACCUUACUCGUGGAGCUGCGGCAAUGGUCAUGGAGGGAAGAGGCGCUGGGGAAGAGGACAUUGACGAGGACGAAUGGGCGGGCUACCUUGAGAUGAUUACACUCAACGACAACCUUGACGGGGAAGACUGCGAGAGAAAUUCGGGCUUUACGUUUGGAGGACUGCACUUUGGGCAAGACUCCAUUGGCGGGCCACCCGGCCUCUCCGUGGCUGAGAAGGACGGCCAAGUGGUUGCGAUUAAGCUUUUCAUGGACCACGAAGAGCUUGAUGAGGGGACUGCGUUUGAUAGUCAGCCUGGCAAGGUUGUUUUUUAA